CGGAAGGACCCGGCUGCAGGCGGGCGGCGCAGUCUCCGCAGCCGCCGAGCCAGACGCGGCCGCUCGCUGCCCGGCCCGCCCGUCGCGAUGGCUUAGGCCCCUGAGCAACUGCAGGGGACUCACUGCUGUGGCCAGCAGCUCCAGCGCCUCACAUGCUCCUGGCAGACUGCUGCUCUGCCCAUCUGCCAACCCUGCCCACACCCUCCUCAGCAGCCCACCUGAGCCAUGGAGGCCCCAGAGGUGCCCGUGGGCUCACUGAUCGACUUCGGGCCUGAGUCACCCGCAUCCCCCCCACUGGAGGUACCACCCCCAACGCUACAGGAUGGGGAUGGCUCUCUGGGUGACGGCACCUCAGAGAGCGAGACCACCGAGUCAGCAGACAGUGAGAACGAUAUGGGCGAGUCACCCUCACACCCCUCCUGGGACCAGGACCGCCGCUCCUCCUCCAGCGAGUCCUUCUCUUCCAGCCAGAGCACCGAGUCGGCCCAGGAUGAGGAGACCCUGGUGCUCAGGGAGUUCAUGCGUGGCUACGUGGAGAAGAUCUUCUCUGGAGGGGAAGACUUAGACCAGGAGGAGAAAGCCAAGUUUGGAGAGUACUGCAGCAGCGAAAACGGGAAGGGCCGGGAGUGGUUUGCCAGAUAUGUGAGCGCCCAGCGUUGCAAUUCCAAGUGUGUCUCAGAGCCGACCUUCUACCGCCUGGUGCAGUCUUUUGCCGUGGUGCUGUUUGAAUGUCAUCAGAUGGAUGACUUUGGGCCUGCCAAGAACCUCAUGACCAUGUGCUUCACUUACUACUACAUCGGCAAGCCCCAGCUGCUGCCCUCGGAGGCCAGGGACAGGGAGAGGCCCGCAGGCAGCGUCGACUCCUACCUGAAGUCUGCCAACAGCUGGCUGGCUGAGAAAAAGGACAUCGCCGAGCGGCUGCUGAAGACCACCUCGGCCAGGACGGAGAACAUGAAGGGCUUCUUCGGGGGGCUGGAGACCAAGUUGAAGGGACCCCUGGUCAGGAAGAAUGAGGAAGACGAGAACAAGCCCAGGGAGAAGCAGCAGAAGGCCGUGACUGUGCACAGCCCAGAGGACGACAAGAAGGGGGAGAAGGUCUACCUAUACACGCACCUGAAGCAGCAGCCCAUCUGGCACACACUGAGGUUCUGGAACGCAGCUUUUUUUGACGCUGUCCAUUGUGAGAGGAGAAAGCGAUCUCCCACUACCAGAGGGGAUGCUGGAGAGGAGGAGGAGAAGAGGGAGAAGUGGCGCCACAUGACCCAGGAGGAGCGUGAUGACAGCCUCCGGUUCAAUGAGAACAUUACCUUUGGGCAGCUAGGCACGUUCACUCACAACAUGCUGGCCUUUGGACUGAACAGGAAGCUGUGCAGUGACUUCCUGAAGAAGCAGGCCGUGAUCGGCAACCUGGACGAAGAGCAAUACAAGCUGCUUAGCAAUCACAUUGAGCAAAUGGCCACCGAAUAGGCCACGGGAGGCUACACCCCCCAGAGGACUGAGGGUGCAUACUCCAGGCCCAGCGACCGGCCGCCACCCCACCCGAUGACCCUGCAUGACAUCAGCAGCACCCAGAGCCACACCUUGCUGCCCUAGAACUAGCGGUUAGAAGAAUCCGGCUGCCCAUCCUCCCUCCUCCCCUCUGCCUGUGUCUGCUCUUCACUCUGUCCACGUGCCAAAGUGUCUCCUGAUCGCACAGCUAAAACCGAGGUGACCAUUUCUACCCCUGAAUGCCAGGCUUGUGAGAUGAGACCAAGAGGGACAGGAGGAAAGACACCAUGGGCCGGGUGGGCACAGGGCAGUGUCUGCCCAUAGCCUCCUGCUGAGGGUAGGGGGGAGGGCACGGGCACAGGAACACAGAUAAGGACAGUGUGAGUGAUGUGCAGGGCAAGCGCUGUAAUGGUGGCGAUCUGGGACCGUGCUCCCUGCCGUGGGUGCAGAGGGAGUGUUGAGCCCUGUCAGUGCUGGUCCGUGGCUGGUACGUGCUCUUGCCACAUCUCCCUCCGUGUGACAGGAACUGGGGAGUCACAGCAACCUCAAGGAAGAGGGGGGCACCUCCUAUUUUAGGGAGAGAGAGACCGGUGUGGACGCUCUUUCCUGGCUGUAUAAGACCAGCCACCAUCAGAGGGACGUGUGAACACCCAGCAGCCAUCACAGGAUCCAAAUGGCUUCAUUAAAAUCACAUCCGCACUGAGGUGUCUGUGGCAGGCCACCUGAAAUGUUCCUGUCAGCUUCCUUCUGAAGCCGAGAAAGUUCUGCAGCUCACUGGGAACAGCACAGUGCUGUCUGCAAGAAGCACAGAAAAGAGCCCGCCCUUUCUAAAAGCAGAGUGCUCCUCUUUACUUCAAAAGGGUGGGAAGAGCUGUGUUCAGGGUCAUAGCCAGCUGGGGAGACACAGCUCUGGUGGCCAUUAUCCAAGGCUGAUUAGCAGAGUGGACUCUGCAUGUCUCCAAGCUCUGAGCACCAGGCCGCCAGCCUCCAAAGGCACUUUACCUCCCGCAGCUGGGUCUUGUACCUCGUUCCUGCAGGGCUGCAGAGGCUCCCUUUAUCUCAUACCCAGUGCCUGGGACACAGGGCUUUCCUCCGUGGGUUCGUACCAGGCACAUGGGGGUCUCUCCUCCCACUCUUUGUCCUUCCCUUCUGUCUCCCCUCACCACUUCCUCUAACGUUCAGUUACAUUAAAUUAAGUACAUGCCUGCUGGUCACUUACCUGGCUAGUGCUCGGAAGGUUUCCCUUCCAGGAAUACUUCCCUGGAAUGUUCCAGAGAAGAACAUGGUUGGUUGAGCUGCAGCACCUGUGUCUUGGGCAUCAGGUGAUGAUAAAAGAGAGACACCACGAAACAUGGCGUCCUCUGGGCACACUCGGGUGAUGUCGCCAGCCAGAGGGACUGGAGAGCGGGUGUGGACGCUCUUCUGGCAAGAUGUGUGUUAUCUCAACCCAUCUGGUGAUGCCGACAGGUGGGGCACAACCGUGUUGCCAGUUUGCUCACUGUGUGCCGGGCAGACUUUGCAGGCUGAGAUGCCCCGGCCCCCGUCAUUAGGCCUUAGUGACAGUGCAUGUCUCUGCUAAUAGGGUCAAAUUACCGGGUGUGCGGGCCCCUCCUCUAAUGCCAAUGUCAGAUAAUGCUCUCUCCUGAAACGUUCAGUCACAGCCUCUGGACGCUUCAUGUCCUCUUCCCUCUUUCUGUAAAACUGGCCACACUGAGUGGUCAUCAGAGGACCACCCUGCAGGGCCAAUGUGCAGGGCUCCCCCAUUGAGCUAUCUUGUCACUGGCCCUGUUAGUCAUUUACUGUCAGUGUUAGUUGAAAUGCAUUAAGACUUUAAGGUGCCCACAAGACUUACGCCUGUAUAUAUAAGAUUUUCGUAUAGAAGUUUUGAUUUGGUAUGAUUUAUGGAGGAAAAUAAUAGUUAGAGUCUGAGACCCUCUCCAGUGAUGCCGGGACCAUGUGCACAGCCUUUGGAAGGAAGUGCAGCUUUGAAUUUUUUUGGCUUCUUCCCAGCACUUUCCCUUCAAAAAUGAGCUUGAGACUCUUCUCCUGCACAUAGACCUCUUGAAAUAGUGAUUUCAAGCGGAAGGAGGAGUUGUGGUGUUCCAUUUCUCCCUCCUUGUUCUCCUAGACCUUGCUCUCAGAGUUGGGGUGAAUCUGACCCCGAGGAGUAUCGCCUGUUGUGCUAGGUCCCCCGCAGGAUGCAGCCACAGGGGGCUCUGGAGGCUACUCUGCUCUCUCCUGCUGACAGCUGGCUCUGGCUGAGCGUCUCACUUUUGAGUACCCCUGGCCAGUGUCACCUGGAGUAGGCACCGCAUGCCUGGAAGAAGGCUGACCGCUGGCCCACUGGGGUUUCCUCUCCUCCCUGUGACAUUGUCUCUUCCCUCCACUCCCAGCCAGAGCAGACCUGAGGGGAGCUCUCUGGUGAUGAGCAGACAGAGCCAGUUCACAUUGCUCCAAGGUCCCAGUGUGGGGAGGUGUUACACCCAGGGCACACACAGGGACGCUUUGGUGUAAGAAAGCUCUGGUAACCCUUCUGUUAACUCAGGUACCUUAGACUCAAUGCGAAAAGUGUCAGAUAAUACCCCAGAAGAGAUUCUUCCAGUCCUAGCAGGUAGAGUACCCAAAGCUGGGAGCUUUGAAGGCAUGUCAUCGGCAUGGCAUCUCAGAUUCACUGUUGUCUGACCUUCAGGGCUACACGAAUCAUAAUGAACCAAAAUACAGUUAAUCUCCCAAAUACAAAGUUCCCUGCUUGGAAACAGGGUGAUGUUGAGAUGCAGCUUUGUAUGUUUCAGCCUUUGUUAGCAAUAUUGAUAGAUGUUUGAGAGGCCACAUGAAUAUUUAUAUUUCAUCUGCUCUGUGUGUGUUUCACCAAAGGCAGAAGAGCCAGAUUAUGAUAUUGUAAAUUUUCUGUACAGUGAAAUGCAGUAGGCUAUGAUUUCCUGUUGCCAAAAGAAAAUAAAGGUGGGCUAAGGAGCUCUGAAAUUGCAAAAAGAGGACUAGAGGAAGGGUCCAAUUUCUGAGCUCUGUACCCAAAUCGAAACCCGGCUGUUCAGGUUAAUCCAGGGAACACGCUGGGUUUAGAACCAGUGCCGCAACUUAGAACCAAGGCCCAACGCAGGAAUUGGGGUCCCCAUCUACUCUUCUCCCCAUUCUGAGAGUUGAAACCAAGUGGGCCCUCUGUUUCUCAGCUCUCCGAGCCCAGGUAUACUGUGAGUUGACUGACAUGGAGAUUAGGCUGCAGAUUUGAAAUUAGCUUUUCCACGGGCUGUUCUAUGUGAGUUAACGUGUCACCCUGGGAGCACCUGGUAUUCCAUCCGGUUCUGGUGUGAGCAAUACAGAGUUCACAACAUAAAAGCUUUUGGCCUAACCCCAGGUGACCUUAACCAGAAGCCAGGGCUGUAAGCUACCUGCCUGACCUUCCUGGGUCAUGAUAACUUAGUUGGCUUUUUAAUUAGGGAGGAUCCAGGUAGGCCGGUGUGGUCAGAUCAGCUUUAUUACCAAAUUACCUAAAACUUCAGAACAUGGCAAGAACAGUGGGGAGCUUGAGAAAGAGAACUUUAAGGGGAAAAGGACAGGAAACUUUCAGGGGUGGCAGCAGGCAGCAGCCGAGCCCCAACCUCAGGGCGAGGGAAGGGUGGUCUGCGGCUGGCCUCUCUUUCUCCACACAAGACAAAGCUGCUGGGUGGGCAUCUCCACAGAGUCCUUGCAGCCCACACACCACUGAGCCAGUUAGUUCUGCUCGGCCAUUUCUCUUACACCUCAGUUGUCUCACCCACUUUUCCAGUAAAUCAAUUUUUCGUUUUUAUGAUUUUUGGAGAUAUAUUUCUCUUGAGAAGUUUUCAGCCAAGUUCCACCGUGAAGGGGAAUUGUAUUGACUAGAAGUGCCCCUGAUGGGCACACGUGCAGCUUGCAGGCUUCAGACAGAGAAAGCCCGGGACUUCCUCGAACCACACAGACCACUCAACCCAGUAAAUCCUGGCUGCCACGUGCCAGGAACAGGAAUGGUUGGUUCAUCAGAUAUCAGAUGGAUGAAUCAUUUCCAGAUUGUUCACACCCAGGGAACACAUUGCUAAGACCCCUGUCCGGGGUACGCUCUUGUGGGGCCCGGGACUCCUGUGUCCCGGGGAUGUCAGUGGGCAGUGCUCCCGCUGGAGGUUCUUGGUUGCUACUGGAAAGUGGAAAAGUCGCUGUUUCGAGGAGAUAGUGAGGAUGAUAGGUUUGUUCAUCUCGCCAUCCCUUCCACUCACCCCCGCUCCUGCAGGACAUCCAUGCAGUUCGGGGAGACCCAGACCCUGCCAGAGCAAAGUUAGACCCCAAACCUGCUGCAGCCUGAGGCCCCUUAGAGCUGCACUUUAAGGGAUUUUGCAUUUUUAACUAGAAAGAGGUUUCGUGUUGGCAAACCCCCCAUUCCACUGAACUUGAGCUGGAGACUGUGCUCCUAGAUGGAGACUUGCUCCUAGAUGACGUGCUCAUGAAGGAGAGAAAGCACAGAAGGAAGCGUGCCCUCUGAGGCAAAGCUCUAGCCCGCUGCGGACUCCAGCAAGCCUGGGACCAUCACUUGGGUCUUUGGGGUGGACACCUUAUGGAGGAUGUCAAACAUUUUAACACUAGGAAAUGCUGGAAAUUCAGAUAACAUGCAUAUAUCCCCUUAAAAUAGGUAAACGUGUUAGAACUCAGUUAAUCCGCUGCCUUCCUUAUGCAUUGUGAUUUCUGUUGGAACUUUCAGUGAUAUUUUACAUAUGUACAUUCUUUGGUUUCUUGUUCAAAACUGAGUUUGUCUUGGACCUAAACUUGCCAUUGUCAUGUGCAAACAUUGCCUUUUUGGAUGCCCCCAAAGUAGAGUUCAAUAACGCCGGUAUUUUUUGUGUUACAGUUAUGCAAUUUUGUGUCCUGCUGGGUGAUGUUUUACAAACUAUAUUUUAAGGUUGAGAAAGUUUCAAGGUUGAAGAUCGCAAAGCAGUGGUAAAAUCAAAGCUGUUUCCUGUGAAGAAAAAAAAAAAGUAUGUAUAUAUGUUGCACUUGGAUUGUCAGAAGG